AAAGGAUAGCUUGGAUGACUACAGGUAGCCGAAGAAUCUUUGGUAUUUUACCAGGGGAUUGUGUGAUACUGAUGUUAGCUGUAAACACUUCAAACAUGCUUGCUUUUUACCAGUUCAUCGAAGAUGUGAUGAGUCUUCUGAUGGACCAGAUUGCUACUAAAAAGUAUUUCAACAUAGUGAGUUUUAUCAAUGAAGGAGAGAGAAUCUUUCAACCCGGGAAAAUUCCUGUAACUCACGCUUCUCUGGCAGAAGCAAAAGCCUGGCUACAACAUCUUCGACUACCUCCAAAGGGUCUUUCUAUCCAACCUUCUUUAGAAGUAUUCUUUGAAGACCAAAACCUCUGUGAAGACUCCUCGACCCAGGUUACUGUGUGUUGGUAUGAUACUGGUGAAGACGUGGACAAUAGAACAUUAAAAUAUGGCAGGGUUCAUCGAUACAGAUCCGCAGCAGCACUUGUUCAGCUAGACGAAGACAACAAUCUUCCCCUAGCAACAGAAGUUCACACUGGGAAGACACCGAGUGGAGAUAUUCAACAGAAAAGUGACUGGGAUGUUUUUGACUCGGACGAAGUGAAACUGCUAGUAGAGGAAAUCAGAGAUUGUGGUGACAUCUUACGGGUGUUAAAACAAGCUGGAGACCUGCAGGAAAGAACUACUGCUUGUAGCAGUGACAUUGUUUGGGAAACUAAGCUACCUCCUGAGGUAAAAGUGCAACACUGGUUAAAAGGUGUUACAAGAACUUCUAAUCACCGUUCAUCCAGAAAUUCUAAAUACAUUUCAAAUGGACUAACAUUAACUACAAGUAAUAAGGACGAAUCGUCUUCUUCGUGGUUAAGUAAACAUGGCUUGUCAAGUCUUGGGUUACGUUUCAGUGACAUUUUACUAAAAGCAUCUUUUCCUCACUGUAAAUCUUCUCCACAGAAAAAUCAAAAGUUCGUGGAAGCCACCUACUGUUCAGCUUUUCCUCACAUUCAACUGAAUGACAGUUCUGUUGUCCAUGUGCAUAUGACGUCAGAUCUGUACAGGAAGUACAAGCUGAAUAUGGAAGAAGCUGUUAAUAACUUUGAAGAAAGAAUAUCGUGGUUGUUGCGAAGAACCAGAGCCACGUUUGGAACUGUUAAAGAACACCGGCUGUAUGUGCUUCUUGAUACAUCCGAGUCCAUGGAAUACAUGCUGAGAGAUGCUAAACAACAAGUGGAAAAGUUUUUAGAGGACCAAGUACAAGGCCGUUUUUUCAAUUUGAUUUGCUUUAAAUCUUUUCCUUUGAAAUGGCGUCAUAGUUUACUUGAAGCAACACCAGAGGCGCUGCAGUCUGCCCGAGGCUGGAUGUGGAGCCAAGAAGCAGGUGGUUCAACCAACUUACUGGCUGCUCUGACAUGUGUUUUUGCUGACCCUUCAGCCCAGGCCGCUUACCUUGUUUCCGAUGGCAGAUGUAACGAGGAUCGAGAAGAACUGUUAGCAACGCUUAGGACUCAGCGAGUGGUUGUACCAGUCAACAUUGUCUGCUGUUCCCUACAUGAUGUUACUGCAGCUAAUCUGCUACACUCUAUAGCUGUUACUACUGGAGGAAUGUUUCACUAUCUUGAUUCGGCAACCAGAAACAGUAAUUGGCCCAAAAUGAAUGAGAGUGAGGAUGUACAGUUGUUGAAAGAAGAGGUCAUCACAGGAAGACGAUAUCUGGAUAUGACCCAGUCUUUAUUAGUUCAGUGCCAACAACUUGCAUUGCAGCAGAAAAAAGAAGAAAGUAGACGAAGUCAACUAAAACUACUGGUGAAAAACAGUUUCAAAACACGGAACUCCCAAAUGAAUCCAAAUCUCAAUAAAAAGCGAUUGACUUUGAAAUACAGAGGUCGUAACAAAAGGCAACUUGACCUCACCAACCAACCUGCCUGGGACUUGAGCAAUACACAGAUGUCAGUUUCUAGUAAAGCAGAGCAAGAAACCAAUUCUCUCAAUAGCAACGAGUUUCAGCCUAUACCUGUUGUAAGUCCUUUCAAGUUUAAGGCAGUCGAGUUUCCUAAUAAAGGUGCUGGUGGAGACCAGUGA